AGGGGAAGGGAGGAGGAAGAAGAGAGACACAGUCAGCAGGGACCACCGGCUGUAUGGGACUUGGACAGAAGGACUAGCAGAAUUUGUCCUUGAGGAAGCGUCACACUGCUGAAUCCCAGAGAGACUGAGAGGACAGAAAGGGACAGAGGCAGGAGAGGAGACAGCCAAGGGGGUUAUCCCUCUCUCUGUGGCUUACCUCCAGAGAUGACCCAAUUAUUAUCUACUGGAGUUAAGUGGUAUCAAGAGGACAAUAAAGACUAAUUCCUCCUCAUUACCUGGGCCUCUAUGGAUUUUACCUGUGAUGGCUCACCUGAACAGAUGAAGAUUUGUUAAUGUGAAACUUGUUGAUAUCCCACCGAUAUCAACUCAUACUGCUGUAUUGUAUAUACGUACGUCUGGAGGUGUUUCUCAUCACAGAGAGCCUGUAGUCGUUGAAGUUAUGGAGGCUGUCUUGUUGGGUCUAGACGAAGCGGUCUGUACUCGGCAGGGUCUGCUGUGGACUCUCACCUCAACUGCCCUGAGACGCCUUUGUGUGCGUGCAAGGAACCUUCCUGCACCCCUGCAUCUAUUGCACACACACAGGUGUGUUUCUAGGCCACUCUAUCAGAUGACAGAGGGGAGGCGAUGUCAGGUCCAUCUCCUGGACGACAGGAAGCUGGAGCUCCUUGUACAGCCCAAGCUGAUGGCCAAGGACUUGCUGGACCUCGUGGCCUCUCACUUCAACCUCAAGGAGAAGGAGUACUUUGGAAUCGCAUACACAGAUGAAACGGGCCAUUUUAGUUGGCUGCAGUUGGACCGCAGGGUAUUAGAACACGAGUUCCCCAAGAAGUCUGGUCCCAUUGUCCUCUAUUUCUGUGUCAGGUUCUACAUAGAGAGUAUAUCCUACCUGAAAGACAAUGCCACUAUUGAGCUGUUUUUCCUUAAUGCCAAGUCCAUCAUCUACAAGGAGCUUAUUGAAGUGGACAGUGAUGUUGUCUUCGAAUUGGCUUCCUAUAUUCUACAAGAGGCGAAAGGUGAUUUCACCAGUAAUGAUGCAACCAGGUCUGACCUGAAAAAGCUGCCUGCUCUGCCCACCCAGGCCCUAAAGGAGCACCCAUCUCUGGCCUACUGUGAAGAGCGGGUCAUAGAGCAUUACAAGAAGCUCAAUGGGCAGUCCAGAGGGCAAGCUAUUGUAAAUUAUAUGAGCAUUGUAGAGUCUCUGCCCACAUAUGGAGUACAUUACUAUGCUGUAAAGGACAAGCAGGGGAUCCCAUGGUGGUUGGGUCUGAGCUAUAAAGGCAUCUUUCAGUAUGACCACCAGGACAAAGUCAAACCCAGGAAGGUGUUCCAAUGGCGUCAGUUGGAGAAUCUCUACUUCAGAGAGAAGAAGUUUUCAGUAGAAGUUCAUGACCCCAGGAGGGCGUCGGUGACAAGAAGGACGUUUGGUCACAGUGGCAUCGCUGUGCACACGUGGUACGCCUGUCCUGCCCUCAUCAAGUCCAUCUGGGCCAUGGCCAUCAGCCAACACCAGUUCUACCUGGACCGCAAGCAGAGCAAGUCUAAGAUCCAUGCUGCACGGAGUUUGAGUGAGAUUGCUAUAGACCUUACAGAAACAGGAACUUUGAAGACCUCCAAACUGGCCAACAUGGGCAGCAAGGGCAAAAUUAUAAGUGGCAGCAGUGGCAGUCUGCUUUCCUCUGGCUCUCAGGAAUCGGACAGCUCCCAGACAGCUAAGAAGGACAUGCUGGCAGCACUGAGGGCCAGGCAGGAUGCACUGGAGGAAACACUAAGACAGAGACUAGAGGAACUUAAGAGCAUCUGUAUCAGAGAGGCGGAGCUGACAGGAAAGCUUCCUAAGGAAUAUCCUUUGGAUCCAGGAGAGGAGCCGCCCACAGUGAGACGGAAGAUCGGUACCGCCUUUAAACUGGAUGAGCAGAAGAUUCUUCCUAAGGGAGAGGAAGAGGAACUGGAGCGUUUGGAACGGGAGUUUGCCAUUCAGUCCCAGAUUACAGAGGCAGCCAGGCGUCUUGCCAGCGAUCCUCACGUGAGCAGUAAGAAGCUGAAGAAACAGAGGAAGACUUCUUAUCUGAACGCACUGAAGAAGCUCCAGGAAAUUGAGAACUCUAUCAAUGAGUACCGGGUCCGCUCUGGCAAGAAGCCUACGCAGAGGGCGUCGCUUAUCAUAGAGGAGGCCAAUAUUGGUUCUGAAGACAGUUCAUUGUCCGACGCACUGGUCUUGGAUGAUGAUGAUCCUCAAGUUACAGGUACCCCCACCUUCUCUCCUGUAGCAUCGCCUCACAAGGGCCUCCCUCCUCGACCACCAUCUCACAGUCGGCCCCCUCCACCGCAGUCCCUGGAUGGCUUGCGACACCUGCACUACACACGCUCUGACUACGAUAAAUCACCCAUCAAACCCAAGAUGUGGAGUGAAUCGUCACUGGAUGAGCCCUACGAAAAAGUCAAGAAACGCUCCUCUCACUCCAGUCACAGGCGUUUCCCUAGCUCUGGCAGUGCAGAGGCAGGGGGUAGUAACUCUCUGCAGAGCAGCCCCAUCAGGAGCCUCCCUCACUGGAAUUCUCAGUCCAGCAUGCCGUCGACCCCGGACCUGAGGACCAGGACCCCACAUUACGUACAUUCCACUAGGUCAGUGGACAUCAGUCCCACACGUCUGCACAGUCUCGCUCAGCACUUUAGGAACCGCAGCUCAAGCCUUGAGUCCCAGGGCAAACUGUUGGCAUCCGACCCCGAUGCACACCCGCACACACUGGGCACACUGGGCAGCCCUGACUUCUUCCUGGGCCCAGGACGCAGCUCCAAUGGCUCUGACCCACUGGACGACUGCUCAUCCUGCACCAGCCAAAGCAGCUCAGAGCAUUACUAUCCCGCUGGUGGACCCCCUGGAAGCAACCCCAACUACUCUACUCUGGGAGAGGACUCGCCCUCCAAAGCCAGGCAGAGGCAGAGGCAAAGGCACAGGUCUGCAGGUCACCUGGGUUCCUCUAACUCCGGCUCCAUGCCAAACCUGGCAGCUAAGAACGGCUCAGGUGGAGGCUCUGGUGGAGGUGGGGUGGGAGGAGGACAUCAUGGAGUGUACCUCCACAGCCAGAGCCAGCCCUCCUCCCAGUACCGUAUUAAGGAAUACCCGCUAUACGUAGAGGGCAGCCCCAACCCCGUGGUGGUGCGCAGCCUGGAGAGCGAUCAGGAGGGCCACUACAGCGUGAAGGCCCAGUUCAAGACCUCCAGCUCCUACACGGCCGGGGGACUGUACAAGGAGGCCUGGGGUGGAGAGGAAGGAGGAGAGGGGAGCGGCCGACUCACGCCAUCACGCUCUCAAAUUGUACGGACUCCGUCAUUGGGGAGAGAGGGUGGUGGAGGUGGAGGAGGGGGGAGGGCGGCAGUGUCUGAAGAGCUGCGGUGCUGGUACCAGAGGUCCUCAGGGAGCCUGAAAGAAAGGAGUCACUCACAUUCGGGAUCUACUUCCUCCGAGACAGGGUCACAGCAAGGUACCCUGGGACAUGGUCGAGGGAGUAGAGUAGGAACACUCGCCAAGGGCUCACCAGCUGCAUCCCCUCACAGCCAGAGGAGUAUGACGCCCUCCAGCGAACACGCAGCCACACCCACACCCCCCUGUAGCCCACAGCACAUCCUCAACUGGCAGAGCGGAGGCACAGCAGACAGCUCUCCUACUGAGGACGUCUGUCAGUCUCCCCCUCAGCCCAGCUCUGAUGCAUAGAGGUCUUUCAGUGACAGCUGUUUUCUCAGCAGCCCCCUGUGUUCAGAGUUGGCAGAUGUGCAGUGGUACGGACACGAUAAGGCCAAACCUGGAACCCUGGUCUGAGACCUUCCUAUAGGGCCCAGAAAAGUCCCAUUGCCCUCUCCUACUGCCUCUCCACUGUCCCUCACUACUACCCAUCGACAACCAACAACCUCAUCCUUAAGCCCCUACAAAAACCCUGCCCUGAACGGACUGGCGGACUGAACAUGAGCCUCCCUCCUCCCUAAAUCCUGGCCUCCAUCCAUCUCACCACUUCUUUAUUACACCCCUCUACCACAGCUCAGCUGGACAGUUACUCGCUCGCUGGGCUCUGAUAAGACUCGAUUACACAGGACAGACUGAGAAAUGCCACCUCAGCUGUCGAACUUUUUGCCGUACAGCACCACAGAGCCCGUUCUUUACUCACCCUCAGCACACAAGCGAAGGGGGCAAGGGGGGGGGGAAGGAGCGAUGGGAAGAGAGAGCACAGAAAAAUAUCAAACAUACAACUCAAAUUCAACAGAACCAACAUCGGCCAUUUCAGGAUAUGUAUCAUUUCUCAUCUUUGGUCCCCCGACCUUACUAACUCCAGUGCACUGCCACCCAAUCAGAGGAUACCUGCUGGAUUUGAGCCACCAGUUUAAACCCCAUUUCCAGGCCCAGAUGAACUGUGUUGGAUUUCAUUAUUCCCAUUAAUGUUGUUUGUCGUUUUGUUUAUGUCUCCCUGCAUAUUUAUAAAAAAAAAAAAGAGAAGAUGACACAGACUUUUAAAAACAAGAAUCUGGAUUAAGAAACAUUUAGGUGACAAAUUCAACUCCUCUCAGUUUAACCCACAACCAAAGACAACAACUGGAUUUACUGGUCAUACCAGGGUCCCUGGGCUGGUGCCCCCCGCAGAAAAGUAACUGCAACUGUAUGAGAGUGAAUUCACAGUGACAAUAUCAGGAUGGUUCAUGGGACUCUAUCUGGGAUAUUGAUGAGGACUAUAGCAAUAACAAACAUUGUACAAGUAUAUGAACUGGUUUGAAUCUACAGAGUGAAUCGAAGCAGGCGUUUGGCCAUGUUCUUUGCCUUGUGAUGCCUGGAGUAAAGGAUUAUUAGUGCAUCAUAGGGAGAAUUUGGAGUUGUGGUUAUUGGGUUUGGCAUUAAUCUAUGCUUAUUUCAGUGACUUCAUCAUUCAUGUUUAUUUAAUGUCUUUGGUCUUUAUAAGAUUUCUCUGUCCACAACGGUUUGUUUGGCCACAUGGUGCAUUGUGAUCAAUACUAAGAAUUCUGAAUCCACCUCUUCACAUUUUUCAUUUUCACCCCUGAUAGUGAAACAUGAUUGGCUGUUGGCGUUACAUGUGUUUGAUAUUAAGGCUGUUCAGUGAUAAAUCUCUACAGUGAAUUGUCUUUUUUUAAUCACUACUGUCUCUUUUUCUCCUUUGGUCUUGGCUCUAUACCGGUUCUCACCAUGCUGACUGUCUUGUCAGUCUUUUGUAGCACUGUGUUUUCACAUCUUUCGGUCCAUCUCUUCAGCAUGACAGGAGCGUCUGACUGAACCCAGACAGUCUGAACUCAAUUCCGGCUAGAGCACACACACACACACACACACACACACACUAACACGACACCUCAUAUUAUGGGCACGCAUGAGUGCAAGUUUAUCAGUGCCAAACAUGUUGGUGCUUUUACAUUUUUUUUUUACUGUAAUUCAGCACUGAACCAGCCACACCUUCAAUCUGCAAACCCCCUUUCAAAUCCUAACAAUAAACCCCCACGGUCUAUAGCCCUUGUAUAUAACAGCAGCAAGGCAGAGUAACCAGAAGACACUUAAAAGACUUCUGUGUUCUCUAUGAUUUGGUAUCAGGUGUUGUAGGAAUUAUUCAAACAUACUUUAUAAAAGCACAACAGUGUCUAUGAGGGCUUUAGUGUGUUCUCAUUUUCCACUCUCAAUAUUUGAAUAUAAGUUGUAUCAAAGUGCAUAAAAGGAAACCAGACAAAAACCACAGAUGAGGUGUUACAUGAUAGUGCUCUUUUUAUUUGCAUACGGACAAUUUCAGGUUGACUAAUUAAUACCCCUCUGUCGGGGCAAAAGAGAAGCCAUAGCGACAACUGAAACAAACAAUACCUUUCAAAUGGAGAUAGUUAUUUUGUCACACAUCCCAAUCAGCAGGCAGAUCUUCAGAACAGGGUUAGAAAAGCACACCUGGUUUUGUACGAAGGACGUAGAACUCUGCAUGUUUUAGCUGUCUCCCUCAUCUUCCCCUAACCAGAGUUAACAGAUGUUCAUUUUAUUAAGAUUAUGACAGAUUCUACAUCUCAGUUAUAGAGAGAAGUGGACAUGUUUUUUUCAGUCUUACAGCACCAUUAUGUUUGGAUAAAAGGUGUAACAUGCUUUAUGGCAUGGGAGGAAUGGAACGUAUCUCACCCUGUCCCUCAUAGUGUUGUGUUUCCUUUAUGCACUGACAUCAGUUGUGGUAAUCUGAAGGUUUAGCCCUCUCCCUGCAUGGUUGGUUCUCCAAGAGUUGUCCACCCAUGCCCUGUCAAAUUUGAUUAGCCUUUACCCAGGAUUGGAACCAGCACUCCCUGGUUACAGUCUCAUAUGAAUGAAUUACUCUGUGUAUUCAAGUCAACCUAUUAGAGUACAAGUUUGACCCUGCUUUGCUCACUCAAAGCCUUUGCCCACUGUUUGUGCUCUAAAGACACAACCCCAUGCAUGCUCUGCAGAUCCACUGACAAAAAAAAAAAAAAGGACCCCAAAGACAUUGAGCAUCCGACCUCUAUACGCUAACAUUAGCAGGUCUUGCUCCAGAGUGGUUUCUCGCACCCAGAAAGUCCCAUUUUAACCUUGUGGUAAUCUCUGACCUCUGAGCCCGAUGUGAAGAAGUGUGAUGUCCCCUCCCUCUGUAGCUCCAAACAUACCUUAUUUUCUGUGCUCCAUUAAAAAAAAUGUAUGAGGUUUUUUGUAAUACUCCAAGAGAAACAAACUAACUCUUUUAUCAGUCUUUAUCUGUAUGUACGGAGGGGCGCUGUAAGGUUUUGGUGGGGUUUUUAACAUUCACAUUCAUUGUUUUAACAAUUUUCCAUUUUAUAUGAACCAGUAUUGUUUGUUUUUUUUAGUUCUGACAUUGUAACAACCCUUUCAGGUGCUACAAAAUGACCAGUUACUGCUUUGUCACGUAGGAUCUAGAUAUCUCUUCAUUGUUAUCAAUAGAUUCAAUACCAGAUGUGCAAAAUGAAGCUUAUUUUAACAGACAGUUUAAUAGUAGAACACUUCCCCUACCAGACAAUAGAGCAUGUAACUUGAUUUUAUCAGUUCAGUUCAACUGUAACAAUAAAUUUAAGGUGUUGUAGAAAAAAUGUGGAAUUGAUAAAAAAAAAAAAAAACUGAAUUCCACAGUUAAUUUAUUCUUUUUUCUAUUAAAAAUUUGUAUAGUAACUUUACAUUUUUCAAAACUGUGUUGUUGGAAAUUGAUGAUGAAUUUUCAAGAUGAGAAGCCGUGGUGGUUCUUCAGAGUAAGAAAAAUAAAUUAUUGAUGAAUGUUCUCAA